CAGCUGAUUCCGUCGCCAUCUUUGUCGCGAACAUAAACAACAGCAGUGACGCGUCGGACGUGCCGCUGUUCACCGGAGGAGAGCGACCGCAGCUCGCACCGCCGCAGCGCCUCACCCUGGACAUGGAGGCCGCCCCGGUCACCUGAGCCGCCGGGUGAGUGGCUGACAAAGCGUCGGUGUCGUCGGCCUGACGAGAUGGAGAUCCUCUGCGGGUUUCCUCACCGAGAGGGAGCGGAGGUUUAAUCCAGGGGGGCGGGGACUGGCCAGCAGAGGGAGGCUCCUCGGCUCGUCCGCCCUGAGGACAUGGACCAGGAGUACGAGAGGAGGCUGCUCCGGCAGAUCAACCACCAGAACCUGCCCACAGAGGCCCGCCUGUCAAAGUGUGCAAGUGCCACCUGCAGUCCUGUCAGUGUGAAGUCAGGGGACCGCUUCAUUCCCACCCGAGCUGGAAGCAACUGGAGCAUCAACUUCCACUAUGCUAACGAGAACUGCCGCUCUCCCAGUCAGACCCAUAAACCAAAGGACGCCAGCUCAGACUCAAGCAAAGACACUGUGGCGUACGCUGCCCUGUUGAGGAAUGAGUUGCUGGGGGCGGGAAUAGAGAUGGUGCCAGACCCUCACACGGACGACCGGAGGCACACAGUCCUCUCUCAAGACUCUCACAGCCUUUUUAGGUACACUGUCCACACUAAGAGAGUGCCUUUCGAUAGCGAUAAUGAAGUCUCACCAUACUCCCUUUCUCCCCUUAGUAACAAGAGUCACAAGCUGCUCCGUUCUCCUCGCAAACCAGCGCGGAAGAUCUCCAAGAUCCCCUUCAAAGUGCUGGACGCUCCGGAGCUGCAAGACGACUUCUACCUCAACCUGGUAGACUGGUCGGCGGGCAACCUGCUCAGUGUCGGCCUGGGGGCCUGCGUCUACCUGUGGAGUGCCUGCACCAGCCAGGUGACAAGGUUAUGUGACCUCUCAGUGGAUGGAGACUCGGUUACUUCAGUAUGUUGGAAUGAGAGGGGAAGUCUGGUCGCUGUCGGAACCCAUAAAGGUUACGUUCAGAUCUGGGACGCAGCUGGAGGGAGGAAGCUGACCAGUCUGGAGGGUCACUCAGCCCGCGUAGGUGCCCUGGCAUGGAACGGGGAGCAGCUGUCGUCGGGAAGUCGGGACAGAGUGAUCCUCCAGCGGGACGUCAGGACCCCCCCUUCUGCUGAGAGGAGGCUGCAAGGUCACAGGCAAGAAGUUUGUGGCCUCAAAUGGUCUCCUGACCACCAGCACCUCGCGUCCGGAGGCAACGACAAUAAGUUAUUGGUGUGGAACAGCUCCAGCCUGCUCCCCGUGCAGCAGUACAGUGACCACCUGGCAGCCGUGAAGGCCAUCGCCUGGUCCCCCCACCAGCACGGGCUGCUGGCGUCGGGGGGCGGCACCGCGGACCGCUGCCUGCGCUUCUGGAACACACUGACGGGUCAGGCGCUGCAGAGCACAGACACCGGCUCCCAGGUCUGCAACUUGGCCUGGUCCAAACAUGCCAAUGAACUGGUGAGCACUCAUGGCUACUCGCAGAACCAGAUCCUGGUGUGGAAGUAUCCAUCACUAACACAGGUGGCCAAGCUGACAGGACACUCGUACAGAGUGCUGUAUCUGGCUGUGUCUCCUGACGGGGAGGCCAUCGUAACAGGAGCUGGAGAUGAAACACUACGUUUCUGGAACGUCUUCAGUAAGACACGCUGCACAAAGGAAUCAAAGUCAGUGCUGAACCUCUUCACCAGAAUACGAUAGUCCUGUGUCAGGACUGGUUCAGGAGGAAAAUACUGAGCUGUGGAUGAACUGUACAGUCACACAGUGACGCUCGCAGACCAGCCGCCACUUUCCACUCAUCUCAGAGACAAAUCCUCAACAACCCCCAAUAAGACUGUCCACUUUUUCUACAGCCACAACUUCAACCGACAACUGCCAUCCCUCACAGUGACUGAUCUAAAAAAAGAAGAAUGAGCAGCGUAUUGUCAGGACAUGUUGUCUGCUUACAAAUGUGGGUCUUGUUUUCUUUUCUGUCGUGUAAGUGAUGAAAUUGUUUUACUAUAUAUUAGCAGAAAUAUACAUCUACAAGAGUUCUAAGCUAUAAUAAUGUAACGUCAAGUUUUUAAACUUCUCUGCUUGGAUCAGAGAAGAAGCAGAAGAAGAAGAAGUCUGACUCGGGUGGGGAGGGUUUCUAUAUUUUGAUAAUGUGUGAAUAUGAUCAACAGCAGUAUACAGAGGAAGAAAAACAAUAAAUGCGUGAACACACACACACACUCAGUUGUUCACGCAGCUGGAAAGAAA